GAAGGGGUUUGAGUUGAGUGGGCUCAGUCUAUCAGCAAAUGGAGUAGCAAAAGGGAGGGAGGGAGAUAGGAUCCUCAGACUCGUUUCUGCCUCUCCACCCAGGCUGCACCCCGGCCGGCCCAUAAUGAUCGCUGCGACUUGGUCCAGGAUUUCCAGUAAACGUGGCUGUCUAAUUCUCAGUCCUGGGCAGCAGGCCUUAUAGCAUGAGUCAACUCUGAGUGAGCUUUGCUGCUGGCAGAUGACCCUUCAGGAAGCAUGGCUGCUCCAAAUAAGUUCUAUGAGGAGAUCACUGACCAGCACCUGAGGGACUGGCAGUAUAUUAGCCGGGGAGCCUUUGGGACCAUCUACCGAGCUCGACACGAAGACUGGAGGAUCGAUGUUGCCGUUAAGGUUCUCAACAGCAAUACAUCGUUCACCCGGGAGGAGCUCCUGAAAGAAGCCCGGGCCAUGGAAGAGGCGCGUUUUACCUACGUCCUGCGUCUCUUUGGCCUCUUUGCGGGCAGAGUGGAAGUGGACACGAAGCUGGCAGGCUUCGGCAGUGCUGCUGGUUUGAAUCUGGGCCUCGUGAUGGAGUUCAUGGAGAACGGCACCCUGUCCGCCUUGAGGUACCGGGUCCCUUUUGUGCCUUGGGCCCUGAGAAUCCGCAUCCUGCACCAAGUAGCCCUGGGGAUGAAUUUCCUCCACAGCCUCAAACCUCCUCUGUUACACCUGGACCUCAAGCCAAGCAACGUUCUACUGGAUGAGGAGCUCCACGUCCGGGUGGCUGAUUUUGGGCUCUCCAAGUUCAAGCGAGGGACCACUCGGAACGCCAGCAUCAAAUCCAGGGAAGAAGACGAGUAUGGCGGGACUCUGGAGUUCAUGCCCCCUGAGGCUUUCACCAAUGUGAACUACAAGCCGACCCCAGGCACAGACGUCUACAGCUAUGGGAUUCUCAUGUGGUCGUUGCUCACUGGCGAAGACCCUUACGCACAUGUGCCCCCUGGAAAUAUGAGUUCCAUCAUCAAGUCACUGAUCCCCCAAGGCCAAAGGCCCAGUACUGAGGAGCUGGAGAAGAUGACCAAUGAAGUGUUGAAACUAGAAGACUUGAUCAGGCUGAUGAAACUCUGCUGGCAUCACAACCAAGACCAAAGGCCGUCCUUCCGAGAGUGUAGCCAAAACACAGAGGAUGCGUUUUCCCAGCACAAACCUCACAUUCUGGCCGCUGUGCGCAAAGUCCAGGAUUGCUUGAUGGAGAGCUCUUCUUCAAAUGAAACCAGGGUCAACUCAGAUACGAUAUCGAGAAGAGCCAAUUCUGCCCGUCGGGUAUCAGAGCCCUUGGAAUACGAGGUCCCGCUAACCUCUUCCUAUGGAUUCGAGGAGCAUCUUGAGACUUUAAGACUGGAAGAUUUUCCACACAGACAAAAUGAGGCUGUACCCAUGGGAGCCUUUUCCAAAAUAAACCGAGAAGGGAAAUCUGGGCUUCACCGUAGUCAAAGUGCGCGGAUCAGGAAAGACCCGAGCUAUGAAUCGCCUCCUCACGAAGGGGUGAAGAUCCGAAACUGGCCCAGGCGUACAGAACCCAAGCAACGCCCCCUUUCAGACUCUUUUGCCAUCCCAUCAUAUCCACAAUACCCGCCUGGAUUCCGGCCUCAACCUCAGUCAUUCUAUCCACCCCAGCAAGAUGUACUCCAGGACCACACACUCUUGCCACACUUUAAUUCUCCUAGAGCUCCACAGGAAUAUGGUGGAAUCACUAUCAGAGGCCAUGGUAUCUCAGGAAUCCAAAUUGGAACCCAUAACACCCUGGUCCUGGAACAGGUUCACGAGAGCAAACCCAGGAAUGAGCAUUAAUCGAUGCUUGCCGAGUGUGGGAAGUUUCUUAUGGACAACUCAGUUUCCUCUGCUUCAGGGGUCAAGUGCGCAUUCCAAGCAUAAGCGUGAUCUUUCUUCUCUACGCAAUUCUCAUCAGGACGCAAGAACUCCCUUUGCCGCAAGGCCCAUACACACCCUAAUUGCCUAAUCCAGAAGCGGCACUGCUUUUGGACUUGGUAGCAUAAACCCAAUCUGGGAUGAAUGAAUGAAUGAAUCUUUAUUUGCCACAGCCAUCGGCCAUAGCAAUAAAACAACAAUGCAAUAUACAAAGAAUAGAAAUAAAAGUCAAUUAUAUACAGCAAAAUACAUUUUGGGAUUUUGAAUCAAUAUUCAGAUGGUGGAUCUUAUUCUGACUGCCCCAGCUAAAAGCCUUGCAACCUUUGCUGUCACCUGCUCAUCUUGAUCUGCCAAGAGAAAGGACACUGUGGCAGUGGUUGGGCGACCCGGAAUGGACAAUAAAAGAGGGGUGAUAAUCUCAUUCCUCAAGUCUUUUCAUAAAGAGUGCAAGCCAGAAGGGCACGUGUCACUGAUUUGGGACUGCUAAAAGACACCUGAAGAGAGUUUACUGCAAAUAUAGGUGUGGCGUUAGCCUUACGCGGCUAGUGCUGAGAAUGAAAGAGUUAAUUGUUUAACCAAUAGGAACCCAGGGGGGCGGAGCCAGUUAGGCUAUAAAACAGGCACCCCCAAACUGCGGCCAUCCAGAUGUUUUGGCCUACAACUCCCAUGAUCCCUAGCUAACAGGACCAGUGGUCAGGGAUGAUGGGAAUUGUAGUCCAAAACAUCUGGAGGGCCGAAGUUUGGGGAUGCCUGCUAUAAAACAAGCCCUGAGGGGGAGUUCAGUUAGUUUAGUAGUUAGUUCAGUUGAGAGUUCAGUUGGGGAGUUGAGCUGAGGGGUUGAGUUGAGUCUCUGGGUUGGUUAGUUUGUGUGAGAUAAAACAAAUCUGAGUCAGAAACAGUUAGCAUCUGAGAGGAACAGCAGAUAACCUCGGAGUUUUAAGUGGAAACUGGGAGGAGGUAGAUUUGAAUUGUGAACAAGAGUGAGAAAAUUAUAGGAAGGUAUAGGAACCAAGUUAAGAUAUUGUAUAUUGUCUGAGCACCAUUUAAGAAACCAUACGCUUGUUCUCUGUACAAAAUAUACUGAAGUUUAUGUUCACUUUCAAACUCUGACUGGACUCGGUGAUUACCAGGAAGUGCAGCAGGAAAACAGUAGAUCCAUCAACCGUAAAAGAUCCGGGGACGCUGUGUGAUUGCCACAAUAGGAAUUCUAAAUCUCCCCCAUUAUUGACUGCAUAUCUCUCCCUCAGACAGAAGUAUAAACUUCUGAUAAAAUGAAGAAAAAAAACCAGAAAGCAGAAAAAUGCUCGGCACAUCUUAAGAAAGGCCUCGUGCGAUAAGGACGCUUCUCUCUUCUGCCAUACUAUAACAGGCCUCUUGGAGAAUGAUCGCAACGUGCCAGUCUGUACAAUUGAACCCAAUCGGGAAGUUUGAUGCUAAACCUCAUCUCACCAAAACAGUCUCGCUGGGUCAUCACCCCCAUUCACUCAGCGUCAUGCCUGGUAUGUGGCAGUGCUCAGGGACGGAGGUUUUUGGGAGUCAGGUACCCAAAAAACGCAGGCGCAAGAAUAAAACGGAAAUUGCUGUAUUAUUCCAAUGCAUGUGGAUUCUGGAGGGCAAGCUUAUAAAUUGGAGUCUUACGUUAAGGGGCAGAGAUACAGCAAGAAUUAAGGCGGACGCUCGUAGGAGUGGUGCCCCUGUUAUUUCUUCCUACUCAGCUCUACCCUGCCUCCUGCGGCGGGCCGAGAAUCACAAGAGCAGGCACGGAAAAACCACGAAGCCAGCUAAUGUCUCCAUAUUUCAUCUUUCUUCUUUGGUGAUCACUCAUAGCCGAGUAAGAUUGUCUUCCAUAAACACUGUUUUAAAAGUGAGUCCGUAAGUGACUGUGGAGGCCAAUCCUGGAUCCACACCUCCUUCCACAGUGGGGAACAUAGGUUUGAUCAUGGUGAGAGUUUGCCAAGCGUGCCUUCCUCUUGGUCUGUUUCUCCCUUUCGUCCUGAGAUCGAGUGUCUUCAAAACCUUUGGUAAAGGCUGUUCUCCAAUUGGAAUGCUCGCAGGCCAGUGUUUCCCAGUUGUCAGUUUUUAUACUACAUUUAUUUCAUACAUUGUGAUAUACAGUGGUACCUCUACUGACGAAUAACUCUACUUACGAAUGUUUCUACUUACGAAUGGAGCUCCGUCCGCUAUCUUGGAUGCAGUUUAGAUAGGAUUUUUUCUACUUACAAAUUUUUAGAUAGGGUUGCUUCUACUUACAAAUUUUUUGUCCCAAUGCAUUCCUAUGGGAUUCGACUUACAAUUUUUUUCGAUUUACAAAUGUGCAUUCGGAACGCAUUAAAUUCGUAAGUAGAGGUACCACUGUAUCAGUAUAUCGCGAUGUGUCCUGUUCCCCCCGGUGAUAUAUCAAAAUGUUGAAAAUCAAAUAAUACCUAGCCCUAGUGGGUGGGUGUUUUCAUCAGAUGCCACUCCUCACCCAGUGUCCUGGGACAUAUCAGGAACAGACAGCCAAGUCGCUGUAGCAUCUUGGGUGGUGUCUGAUUAACGAUACUCUUCCAGGAAAAGUUUUUGCCGGAUGGCUAAGAAACACCUUAAGUCAGGGGGAAUGAAGUUUUUAUAGCCUGAGGGACUGCAUUCCCUUUUUGGGGACCAAAUGCCAACCAUGGGUGCAGCCAGGAGUGAAAAUGAGUACAGCAACCAAUGCAGAUUUUGCCUUUGUACGUUAGGCUUGCUUGACAUCCAUGCACCCACACACCUCUACCCUCCACCAAGGCAAGAAAGACACAUGAGCAGAAUUCGAGGGCAUGUUCCAGCCAGCCAGAAUCAUUCCAUGAAGGCAGGGGCGUAGCAAGGCGCCGCGACACCCGGGGCGGCAAAUUGCCAUGGCUCCCCGGGGGGGCGUCGCCGCUAUGUAACGACGCAUGAGUCGCUAUGUAGAGGGGGAUCGCACCCCCCCCGAAUUCAAAUCGGAGCCUAGACGCUCGGUUAGGCUCCAUUUUGAAGUCGUGGGGGGGUGCGAUCCCUGCAUGUUAGGUAGAGGGGGAUCGCCCCCCGCAACUUCUUAACGGAGCGUCCAGGCUCAGGCGCCGAUCACGGGGUGGGGGCGCAGCUCCGAGUGCCACCCCCCUCCAGCAGGCACCCUCGCAGCGCCCAAUCGCUCGGCCGGAGUGCCUGCAGUUUUUGUGUUGUUGUCCCCCCGCCCGAGGCUGUUGUGUAGGGCGGAGGCAUGGCCCCAAGUGACACCCCCUCCAGAGCGGUGCCCGGGGCGGACCGCCCCCCGCUUGCUCUGCCCCUGCGUGAAGGUGCAAUGCAGGGCGAGUGAGGGGAGUGGUGAGAUUCAGCCACACACCAGCAAAUUCAGGUUGCAGUGUUACAGUCACUAGGGAGCCAUUGUGCCACAGUCCUGAUUCUCCAGAAAUCAGACAUUUUUUUUGCAGAAAAGAAAGUGAUGGGGAAAAGUGUGGAAUAGCCACUCAUUUAUCGUAGGUGUUUUAUUACUUUUCCAGUUUCUUGCAAUUAAGAUCCUGGCUGCUACUGUCAUGUACAUAAAAGGGGGUCUAAUUUCUUUUUUUAUUUCUGGUGGCAUUAUACAUAGGAGGAAGGUUUCAGGUUUUUUCUUAAAUAAAAAUUCAUUGUAGAUGUUAUUCCAGGCAGGUCCAAAUGAUAGAAUAUCUGCAGUUGGCUAUGAUGACAGGGGGAGUCAGAGGUUAUCCAAAACAGAAAAUACAGAAAGAAUGGAAAAUCUUUAAAGAAUAUCUGGGAAACUAUUGAAACAAUAAACAUCUCCUGGCAGAACUAGAACGAUUCUUGUAAAAUAAGAAAUAUGUUUUUGGUAUCUGAUGAAAACAAAGUAAUACAGUAAUCUGGAAAUGUGUGUGGAAAAAAUAAUAGAAAUAAUAAUACAAUGAGUCUAAUCAGAAGUCAAAUGUGUUUAUUUUUCUUUCUUCUAAUUCUGUGUUUAAAUCCCCCCCCCAUUUCUUCUUUUUCUUUCUACCUUCUUUUUUUUGUUCCUUUUCUUUUUGAUCUGCUAAGAAAGAGAUGAAGAGAUAAAAGUUAAAUAUGAAAAUUUGAGCAAGUUAAAGUGAUGUUCUGUAAUUUUUCAACUACUGUUAAAGAUGGCCAAUUGUAAUGAACUGAUGUAGUAGUUAUUGUUUAUUAUUAUUAUUAUUGAAUCUUGAAUAAAGUAUUAAAAGGGGGGGAGCAUGGAGUAGCAACGGCUUGAUGCAAUGUUGUGUAACCUCCCAGCAAACAAUGAAUGGAAUGAAUGCUUAAUAAGCAGCCAACGUUGUCUGAAAUCCCUGAAAACUUUGCGCUCAUUAAAACGGGUUGUCUGGAAGCGGCAGUUAUUUCCUGUGAUUUCGCCACUUGAAAUAUCAGGAAAGGAUGUUUAGUCGUGAAUGCAAGUGUGCGAUGCUCCAUUUUUGGUGCUCCUGGUUGGUGCUCCAUUUUGCUGCUUGAAAUGCCAAGCUGGAGCAUCUCCCUGUCAUCAGAGUUCCUCUGUUUUGAAAUGGCAGCUGGGGUCCUUUGUCCUCUUUGUAAAUAUUUUGUCUCUACAAAUCUGCAGAGAGAAGCACAUUCUCCCCAGAAAGCCACGGGUGGCACUAACGCCUUGUUGCUGGCAUCCGUCUGUACCGUGAGACACAUGGCAACCAUUGUUUUUGUUCCUUUGC